GAUGGCCACUGCUGCAGUAAUUGGACUGAAUGCGGGGAAGAGGCUCUUGAGUUCCUCCUUCUAUUAUUCCGAUCUUACAGAAAAGUUGUCCUCCAGCUGCGACCAUUCACUGUCACACACCAUCAGGUUGCUUCAACGAAGAAUGUAAUCACUGCAAAGAAGUCAUCACAUUAUACCCCUAGUUUUCUCUCCAAUCGACAUAAACAAUCCAUCAAGGCUCUAAAAGAACAUGUAGAUACUGCUUCUGAUCCUCCAAAUGUAGAGGCACAUCUUCAGAGAUUCAACCAUGUGGAGAAGAAAAAGUCAAUGCUUGAAAAGCAGUGGAAUCUGUCGACUGAGCAGGCAAUAGUAACUUCGACAUUAAGAGAAAAAACUCACAAGAAGAUGCAGGUCACUUGUUCUGGGAUCUCUGCUAGGAGGCGGAGAAUAGAUUCUCGGAGAAAAAUUCUGAGCCAAAAAACUUCUACUAUGCAACUCAGUACAAGUAGACAGCUCAGGUCCAUUAUCAGCCCAGAGCUCCUUCAGAAUCAUUUGAAAGGUUAUGUGAAGGGUGUAAUAAGUGAAGAAUUGCUCACCCAUGCUGAAGUAGUGCAACUAUCCAAAAAAAUUAAAACUGGUCUUGUCUUAGACGAGCAGAAAUCAAGAUUGAAAGGAAGAUUAGGAUGUGAACCUUCAGAGGAGCAACUAGCAAGAUCCUUGAGAAUGUCUCGUGCUGAUUUACAAACAACUCUGAUUGAGUGCUCUUUGGCAAGAGAAAAGCUGGCUAUGAGCAAUGUUCGUCUAGUCAUGUCUAUUGCACAAAGAUAUGAUAACAUGGGUGCUGAAAUGGCUGACCUUGUUCAAGGCGGCCUGAUUGGACUACUCCGGGGGAUUGAAAAAUUUGAUUCUUCAAAGGGGUUCAAAAUUUCCACUUAUGUUUAUUGGUGGAUACGUCAGGGUGUUUCGAGAGCAUUAGUUGAUAAUUCGAGAACCUUAAGAUUGCCAAACCAUUUGCAUGAAAGGCUGAGUUUAAUUCGGAAUGCAAAGUCCAAACUGGAAGAGAAAGGAAUAAUGCCCUCGAUUGAUAGAAUAGCAGAAUGUCUAAACAUGUCACAAAAGAAAGUUAGGAAUGCCACCGAGGCAAUCAGCAAGGUCUUCUCCCUUGAUAGGGAAGCAUUCCCUUCAUUAAAUGGUCUUCCAGGAGAAACACUUCAUAGUUAUAUUGCAGAUAAUCGUCUCGAAAACAACCCAUGGCAUGGAGUUGAUGAAUGGGCACUCAAGCAAAAGGGUCAGGAAGAAAAACAUGUGGUGCAUAGGGUAGAUGCUGAGUCACUAAAGGAUAAUUUCCCCAGAACCUUGGCUCCUGAUGAAGUGAACAAGCUCAUUAGUACGACACUAAGGGAACGGGAGAGAGAUAUUAUUCGUCUCUACUAUGGUCUGGACAAUGAAUGUCUUACUUGGGAGGAUAUCAGUAGACGGAUAGGUUUGUCCAGAGAAAGAGUUAGGCAGGUUGGCCUUGUUGCAUUGGAGAAACUAAAACAUGCUGCUAGAAAAAGAAGACUAGAGGCUAUGCUGGUGAAACAUUAA